AUGGUUCUUUGGUACGGAUUUUUUGCAAUUGAAACAGCACAAACUAAUCGUUGUGAUCAAUCACAACACAAUCACAAAUGUUUAACAAACGAUAAUAUACGGAAUAAAAACAACAUUUCUGAAUCGACAAUGUCGUCAAGAAACUCAUGGAUAUACACUGAAGAUUUAAAAAAGCGCUUUGAACUAAGAUAUUUUACAUUAGAUGAUUUAAAAUCAACAUCUAACUAUCAAUAUGUUAUAGUGCCAAUUUAUUGUGAAAAAUCAUCGACAAAAUCGAAAUUAUCAACAACAACAACAGGUGAAAACUCAUGGAUAUAUACAAAAUCAUUUCGUGAAUAUUUGUUUGGUAAACAACACUUAUUUAAUAGCAGAUCUAGUUUACUAUCAUUAAUUGGUACAAAUCAUUCGACGAUUGAUCAUUAUCGUACAAAUCAUGCUUAUACAGAUGAUACCGAUGAUUCUUAUUUGACAAAAGUUAAACAAAAUAGUUCAUCUUUAGUUCGAAUGUCGAAAUCAAAUCUUUUUUGUCGAAAAAUGAAAAAACUGAUUAUGCAAAGCAAAACUUUAACGGCUAAUUUAGUUGAAGAAGAAGAUGAAGAUAAGGCAAACACAGACACAGUAGCAUUUCCAUUGAUAAAAGAUUCAUCAUUACCAGCAACAAUGUCACAUUCACCACUACUAACACCAAAACAAUCGACAAAACUGACACGUUUAAGUAAAUUAUUUUUCAAAUCAACAUUGUUCAAAGAAAAUCAAGAUGAUUAA